CGUAGUUUCCACACUUCCUUCCCACGCCAGAAAGAGAGCGCGGAAAUUUGACAGCCACCGAAUAACGUUACAAAGAAACAUUAGAGUUGUUUUUUAGACAUUAUUAAACGGAUAGUUUGUCAAAGUUUGUUUCGCGAGUCAAAAUAGAUUAGUCCAUAAAAAAACAUUAUCGAUCUAACCUGCCGUCGGACAGAAUGAGGACGUUAGAGGAGGUCCGGGCCACUCUGGAGAUCGCCAAGCUGAAGGAGGAAGACCUGCAGAAAACCAUUCACUGUCUGUCUUUCGGGGACAACGUUUCUUCUGCAGACUACUGCUUGAUGGAGCUGGACGACACACUGUGCAAGCACAUAGAAGCUGGACAAAGUCUAGUGAUUCGAGGGGAUAAGGAUGAGCGUGCUGUUCUCUGCAGUGGCGACAAUACGUAUGAUCUAAAGAUAGCGGACACAUCCAACCUGCUGCUGUUUGUACCAGGAUGCAGAACACCAGACCAACUGACUAACAGCCAGGACAGCUCUCAUGUGGCACACACUCAGAUCUGGGGAUUUUGUAACAGCUACUGGGAACUAAGGAAACAUCGUCCUAAACUGAAGAAACUGAAGAAGAUUUUAAUGGAGAAUCCUUAUGAAGGACCUGCUAUCAGAGGGCAGGAGGAGAAUACUGAAAACAGGUACACAAUGGAGGAUCUGUUGGAGAGGAUCCAGGCCAGUGAAGAGGAGAUAAAGACCCACCUGGAGACCAUCCAUGCCUGUCAGAUAGAUGGCUACUGGCGUGUGCUGGACUUUGACUACGAGAUGAAGCUGCUCGGUCACGUGACUCAGCUGGUGGAUUCUGAGUCGUGGUCCUUCAACAAGGUUCCCCUUCAAAACAGUCUGGAAGAGUUAGCUCCACUAGAACCCAAAGAGAUGAUCGAGCACUGUUUGAACUGCUAUGGGAAACGCUAUAAUGAAAACGACAAAGUUUUUUAUGCACUACAUGAGGAUAAAGUGUGUCGGGGCGUGGCACUAAUGCUGCUGCAAAACGCUGUCAAGUUCAACCUGAGGGAGUUUCAGGAAGUCUGGCAGCAGAGCGUCCCAGAGGGAAUGAGCACAAGACUGGACCAGCUAAAGAGUGUCGCCCUGGUGGACCGCACAUCCCGUCCAGAGACCAUCUGUCUGCUGCGGGUGGAGGAUCUCCCAGAGGACACGCUGGAACGCUUCAACCACCUUUUCACACUCAGAGAGAAAUGGACAGAAGAUGACAUCACGCCGUACAUACAAGACCUGUGUGGAGAGAAACAGACCACCGGAGCCCUCCUGACCAAAUAUGCUCGAUCUUCAAUGCAAAAUGGCAUCAAGGUCUUCAACUCCAGAAGGCCUGUGGCUACAUGAACAUUUCCACUGUUAACAAAAUGAAUGUUGUUGUUUAUUCCCAGAGAGUUAUUUUACAUAUAACUAAAAAUGCGUUGUUCCCGUCAAAAGCAUUUAUCAGUUAACUAUCUUGCAGCAGUUUAACUAUGUAGCUUGUAAAGUGUAUGAUCCAAAUAACCUAUUGAAAUUCAAAUGUUAAGAUGUUUUUUGUCAGUAAAACCAAACCUGACCUUUAUUAUAUUUCAGCUGUUAUUUUGUCUAUAAAAAAAUGCCACAUGUUGGUAAUAAAAGAUGUUUUCAUAA